CCCACGGCUUCUCCUGUCAAUCAAUCAGCAAGAUCGUGGAGGUGGCCUGUGUGUGUAACGACUCAGUCAUCAGGAAUCACGCUCUGCUGGGGCGACCGACAGAGGGAGCUCUCAUCGCCCUCGCCAUGAAGAUGGGUCUGGAGAGCCUGAAGCAGGAGUACGUCCGUGUGGAGGAGCAUCCGUUCACCUCGGAGCAGAAGUGGAUGGCCGUUCGCUGUGUUCACCGCAGCCUGCAGGACAAACCUGGAGUGUACCUGAUGAAGGGAGCGUACGAGCAGGUGAUUCGCUUCUGCAGCUCCUACAACAGCAGAGGAAGCUCACUGUCACUGAACAACCAGCAGAGGGAGCUCUACCAGCAGCAGAUCAGCUACAUGGGCAGCGCCGGCCUCCGAGUUUUGGCGUUUGCGUCCGGCUCCGAGAUGGGGAAUCUGACCUUUCUCGGCCUGGUGGGCAUGAUCGACCCGCCGAGGGUCGGUGUCAAAGAAGCCGUGGGGACGCUCAUAAGCUCCGGAGUCGCCAUCAAGAUGAUCACAGGAGAUUCUCAGGAGACGGCCGUGUCCAUAGCCAGUCGUCUGGGUCUGUACUCAAAAGGCUCUCAGUGUUUGUCAGGAGACGAAGUGGAUCAGCUCGACCUGCAGCAGCUUUCUCACAUUGUGUCUCGAAUCUCCGUGUUUUAUCGAGCCAGUCCACGACACAAACUGAAGAUCGUCAAGUCCCUCCAGAACAUCGGGGCCGUGGUGGCCAUGACAGGUGACGGGGUCAACGACGCCGUGGCCCUGAAGGCGGCCGACAUCGGCGUGGCGAUGGGACAAACGGGCACCGACGUCUGCAAGGAGGCGGCCGACAUGAUCCUGGUGGACGACGACUUCCAGACCAUCAUGUCGGCUAUCGAGGAAGGAAAAGGAAUUUACAACAACAUCAAAAACUUUGUGCGCUUCCAGCUGAGCACGAGUAUCGCAGCUCUGACGUUAAUCUCUUUGGCGACGCUGAUGAACUUCCCCAACCCGCUGAACGCCAUGCAGAUCCUGUGGAUCAACAUCAUCAUGGACGGACCUCCUGCUCAGAGUUUGGGCGUGGAGCCCGUGGACAGGGACGUGAUCAGACAACCUCCUCGUAAUGUGAGAGACAGCAUCCUGACUCGCAGCCUGCUCGUUAAAGUCCUGGUGUCGGCGUUCGUCAUCGUGUGCGGGACGCUGUUCGUCUUCUGGAGAGAGUUGCAGGACAACGUGAUCACUCCUCGAGACACGACCAUGACCUUCACCUGCUUCGUGUUCUUCGACAUGUUCAACGCUCUGAGCUCGCGUUCGCAGACUCGUAUGGUCCAUGAGAUGGGUCUCUGCAGCAACAGGACGUUCUGCUUCGCCGUCCUGGCCUCCAUCAUGGGUCAGCUGCUCGUCAUCUACUUCCCUCCUCUGCAGAGCGUCUUCCAGACGGAGAGCCUGAGCUUCUUCGACCUGCUGUUCCUGGUGUCCCUCACCUCCUCGGUGUGCGUCGUGUCCGAGCUCAUAAAGAUGUUGGAGAGGUGGAGAGGAGUCGAGAAGAGCGUGCCCGCCGACUGCUUCCACGAGGUAUGACCCCCCCCCCCCCCCCCAUCCCUCCUCGACGCCGUGCUGUCCGGCCUGAAGGACUCUGAGGUCUGGAGGAAGAAGAAGAAGAAGAAGAGGAGGAGGAGGAGGAGGAGGAGGAGGGUGGGUUAAAGGAUCUCACAAUCGAUGGCACUGACUUAAUAAGACUGCAAAGACUUCUCCUGUGAGAUCCUGAAGAGGGACGAGGGACUCUGGUCUGGGAGCGGAGGAGGACGCUCCCGCUCUUUUGAGGGAGGGGAGGCGGGGGGCGGAUGGAGGCUAAACUGAGAGGACAUGAAGGCUGCUGGGAGAUCUGCCCCUCUGCUCCGUGUUCCCUCCAAUAAAAUGGAUCCACAGCAGCUCUUUGGCUCCCUCCCCCUGGCCUCGGUGAAGACCCCCCCCGACCGUAGCUUUGGGGGAACAGAGCACACCUUCCUGCUGUGAAGCGGCUCCUCGAUGUUUUAGGACGUUCUCUAAGAAUCCAGGCGUGUGCAAUUCUUGGUUCUCUUCCAGUCGUCUUUUUUUUUUUUACUCUUUGUUUUGGAAGGUGUUGACCACUACUCAGCUCGCUCUGUCACUUCCAACACGACUCCUUUUAACGGCUUUAUAACCAUUAUGUGGAGGUGUGACGGUACACUGCAGAAACUCUAAUCUUACCAAAUGUCCUUACACCCGACAGUUCAGCUGACAGGUCCAGACACACAUCUGAUUUCAGGAUAUCCAUGAGUGACUUCUUUUAGUAAAAUAGAUUUAUAUCCUCAAAGACAGAGAGUCAACUUAACUUCUUAAAUGUGAUUUCAUAAAAAGAGAUGCAGGAACCUAACUGGUUCUCGACCAAUGACAGCUGAGAUCGGCUCCAGCUCGCUCAACACAGAACAGGAAAAGCCGUAGAGAUGAUGGAUACUAGAGUUUUAAAAAUCCGGUUUAUGACUUGAUGCGGGGAUGUUUUUGUACUCUUGGUAAGAUUUGAGUUUUUUUUGCAGUGAACGAAUCAAAACAACAACGGGGAGGGAAUAAAGUUUGAUAUUUAAAGUCGGCCUACAGCUGUGUGGUUCUACUGUAAACAUGAAGGCACUGAAUCAUGGACAUCAGAUCAGAAAGCGGAGGCUUCAUGCCAUCGCUGUUUUUAAAGCUUAAAGGAUCCAAAACGGUUCUGAGGUGGGUCUGGGAUCUGAUCAGGAUCCUCCUGGACCCCUUGGUGGACCCAGAGCUCUCUGUAGGGAUUAAACAUCCCACCUGGCCUGGGGCACGCCUCGGGGACCCCCCAGGAGGAGCGGGUAAACGUUGCUGAGGAGAGGGAGGAAGAUGACGGACGGAUCCAAACAGUGCAGCUGAAUUAUUGAAACCUUGAAAGCUUGAAUCUGUUCUUCGUCUCUGACUGCCAACACUCGAUUCCAAUCAUCCCGUCAGAAACGGGAUUUAGUUUCUUUUCUUCACAUCAUUCGACUUGUUUUAUAAACCCGCUCUGUCGUGGUCGUGUCCCGGUGAUUAAUUUGAUGCAUUUUGUUGCACAUGAGAAGAAGCGUGCAGAAGUUCAGUUUGUGUUCAACUGUUAGAAUAAAGAAUCAUAUUUAAAGCCUUUGACAUCA